AUGCUGCAUGUACAGAAUUGUGAAACAGCCCAAGAGAUAUGGGACAAAUUAACUACAGUUUAUGAACAAAAAUCUGAUGUGUCACUCCACAUAUUGCAGCAGCGUUUCUUUGAAGAAAAAUACAACGGUUCAGAAGAUGUAUCAACAUUCAUAGCCAAGAUAGAAGCAAUCGUGACAAAAGUAAGGCAAGCAAAGGGUGAGAUUGCUGAAAACAUGAUUGUUACAAAAAUUAUAAGUUCGCUAGGUGAAAACUUUCGACACUUUGUCUCUGCAUGGGACUCCGUUCCAAUAGAAAAGCGAACCCUGUCUGAGUUGACAGCCAGGCUCAUUAGAGAAGAGCAAAGAAACAAAAUGUUCCAAGAGAGUGGAAGCAGUAGUUCCAAAGCAUUCAAGACUGACACAAAAAAAAUAAAGUGCUUUAUCUGCGGUAAAGUGGGGUAUUGUAAAAAGAUUGUAAAGCUAAAAAGGGUGAAAACAGCUGCAAGUCUGAAAACAUUCCAUUUUGUAACCAAUGUAAAAAACGUGGACAUACGAAAGAAAAAUGUUGGUACAACAAGGACAAAAAACGAGAAAAUACCAAUAACAAAACGCCGUGAAAAGUGCGGGAAACGUCGAAAGAGCGGGAGUGUUUUUUCGCAAUUUAAAAUUUGA